GGCGCGCCAUGGCGGAUGCUCGCAGAUAAGAAAGGACUGCUCGAUCGAAGCUCAAAUUUUGAUUAGUGAGAUCGUAUUCCUCUCGAAUCGCAGGAUUCUGUGAUUUCGUUCUCUCUCUGUAACUCCGGCCGUCCAGUUGUAGAAUGAAGAUGUGGUUUGAGGAAUUUGAUAUUUCGGGAUGUAAAAAUUCUGAACAAUAAUUCUGCUGUCGAAGAAUUGCUGAGGUUUACCCGGCUCUUUACCGUGUUUGACACCCUAGAGAAUGAGGACAGGGGCUGAUGUUUCUCUCGCAUGUUGAUGAGUUGGAACGAGGAUGUGUGAAUAAUGCUAUUUUGAAUGGAGUUUUGCGGUGCUCCUCUGACUUCAACAAGUCUGAAGAACGGAUGAUGACUGGUUGGAGUGUUAUGUCACCUCUGUGACAAUUCAAAGUCUGUUACAUCAACGAUAGUGAUUUCGGUUAGCGGAGAGUAUAAUCAGAAGACACAAUUGCAUCGAAAAACCUGAAUCGAAUGAAUUUUGAACUUCAGCACGUUGUGUUCUUCAGAAAAGCCCAAGGAUUUCUCUAAUUGCGCUGUCGAGGUGUUGCUGGAGAAUUUGAAGGCUCGAUAGUAUUCUCAAGAAGCAGCUAGAUCCACGAAGGACUUGUUGCGCUCCGUGGGCUUGAGAUCUACGAUUUAUGGACAAUGGGAGGACAAAUUGAUUGACUUCCGUUCUACCAAUACAAAGUCGUCAUGGGGAGAAAUCAGAAUUUUCAAGCAGAACAAGAUGAUUCGGCGUUCGUGAUGGACGAAAAGGACCAGCUGCUAUGCUUGCACUUUUUGAGAACGUUCUACAGCGUAGAAUUGGAGGAAAUCCUUCGUGCCAUUGACGAAUCUAUGUAUUAUCCACUUCCAAUUGAAGCUUCUGACUUCUACAACGCAUGUCCCCACCUGGGAUAUUACCUCUAUCACUCUCCUACUAAGCUCUUCCGAACAUUGGAUAUUGUAGCCAGCGAGGCCCAGAAAGUAAUUUAUGAUGGACAAAAGCACAAGAAGAACUUGUCGCUGAAGAACGUUCAUGUACGCGUAUCAGUCCAAGGAUCUGCGCUUGACUGUCCAGAACUUCAUCCGAGUAUAAGUCAAAUUCGAGUCAAGGAUUUGGGACACUUGUUGACCAUCCAUGGAACGGUCAUACGUUCUGGUGCUGUCAAAAUGCUGCAAGGGGAACGUACUUAUAGAUGCACCAAGUGCAAGCACAGUUUCCAGGUGUUUUCAGAUCUCGAGAUGGGCAACUCCUUCCCCUUGCCAUCAUCAUGCCCCUCUCAGCGAACUGAUCCUUGUGGGGGUCAGAAAUUUGUACACGUCGAAGACUCCGAAAAAUGCCACGACUAUCAAGAGAUCAAGGUCCAGGAGAGCAUGCAGGCUCUUGGUGUUGGUUCAGUACCACGAUCUAUAGUAGUUGUCCUUGACGAUGACCUUGUGGACACUGUGCAAGCUGGUGAUGACAUCGUAGUAACAGGCGUACUGUUUGCCAAGUGGAAGCCCCUCGUGAAGGACCUUCGCUGUGAUCUGGUUUUGAUGUUGCGAGCGAAUUUUAUCAGGAGGACAAAUAAGCUCACAUCCACUGUCAACAUAACGGAGUAUGACGUUGAACAGUUUGAGCGGUUCUGGGACGAGUAUAAGAACUGCCCUCUGAAAGGGAGGAAUGAAAUCUUGCAGGGCAUUUGCCCGCAAGUCUACGGUCUCUUCACUGUGAAGCUAGCAGUUGCACUCACCCUCAUAGGUGGAGUUCAGCACAUCAACGAUUCUGGGGCGAGGGUGCGCGGCGAAUCCCAUCUGUUGCUUGUUGGUGAUCCAGGUACCGGAAAAUCACAAUUUUUGAAGUAUGCCGUGAAACUGAGUCACCGAGCAGUCUUGACAACCGGGCUCGGGAGUACAAGUGCAGGGCUCACAGUUACGGCAAUUAAGGACGGGGGUGAGUGGAUGCUAGAAGCUGGGGCCCUAGUUCUAGCCGAUGGAGGUCUGUGCUGUAUCGACGAAUUUGACAGUAUCCGAGAGGCAGACAGAGCCACAAUACACGAAGCCAUGGAGCAACAAACGAUCAGUGUAGCUAAGGCAGGGCUAGUACGGACUCUGAAUACAAGGAGCACUGUCUUUGGUGUCACCAACCCCAAAGGACAAUACGAUCCAUACCAAUCUUUAAGUGUGAAUACGACAUUAUCAGCCCCUCUGCUGAGCCGUUUCGAUAUUGUUCUAGUCCUUUUGGAUACGAAGAAUCCGGAGUGGGACAAUAUAGUUUCAAAUCAUAUUCUCGAAGAGCAUACGAAAUCCCAACAGUCCAAAAAAGAACGGAGCAGUAUAUGGACGUUGAACAUGCUUAGAAGCUACAUGCUUUACGUCAGAACGGAGUUUAAACCUGUUUUGACCCAUGACGCCGAGAAAGUUAUUAUGAGUUACUAUCAACUUCAGCGAAGAUCGGGCCACGAAAAUGCAGCCAGAACAACGAUACGAAUGCUCGAGAGUUUGAUCAGACUCGCACAAGCGCACGCCAGGCUUAUGUUCCGUAACGAAGUGCUGCGAACAGAUGCGAUAGCCGCAGUCAUCUGCGUCGAGUCGUCCAUGACCCAAACCGCCAUUCUGCAGAACGUCGGCAACGCUCUCCACUCCAGUUUCGCUGAGAAUCCUGACGACGAAUAUGCUAAACAGGAGCAAAUUAUUCUUGCUGCCCUGAAGCUGGAUGACAUGGGAGAACCUCGCAGGCCAACAUCGCCUCCAGGUUCCAGAGGCAAAGGCGACUAUGCGACAACAGAAGACGGCCCGGAUUCCGAUGCGCGAAGGCUUGCUUCUGCAGGUGGGUUGAGCAAUGCUCGGGAAAACGACGACUCGGAUGCGGAAGACCGAGUCUGCCAAGGGUCUGCAGCUCUGAAGAGAAAGCACGCAGCUGUCGAUGAUAACCCUCUGUCACCAAUUUCGGAGCGGGUUGUCCCUCAGCAGCCUGCAGUACGUAAUCACUCUGCGCGGAAACCUCCCAAACACCCGAAAAGGGUCGAAUCAGACAAGGGUCGCUUAGCGAGAUUGACCCAAAAUGUUUUGGCGAAGCUCAAGAGCCAGCCUUGUCCAAGUGCUGCUCCUGCUCCUGGCGAACAGUCAGCAAGAAACACAUCUCAGCAGCUCACAGAAGACCUCAUCCUCUCGAGCCAGUAUAGUUUGCCUUGAAUGCGGGGAAUUACAAGGUGCUCCUGACCAUCCGCGACAACGGGCUGGCAAGCUGUGAGUACCGAGCUGUACAACAAUUUUGUUCCUUCAAGAAGAGGUUUCUUAGACUAGACGGGUCCGAUGUAUACAUAGCUUUCCAGCAAAACUCCAACCCUAGUAAUCGUUACCACCCCCACGAGUGGAUUCUUUCUUGUUAGACCCGGAAGAGCACAGAACUAUGUCCAGCUUGAGUGAUCAUAUUAAUUCCAGGGGUGACCGUGGAGGAAUAUACUUUGGGUUGCUUGUGCUCUAACUACGACCCAAAGUCGACAGUUUGAUGUCUAGAUCCUUUGGUAUCCAUUUUAGCACGGAGUGUGAAGCAUGCUCGAAAUGGCAUUUCAUGUCUCCACUCCCCGCUAUCUCAUCUGCACGACUUCCAUCUAUCUCAUCCGUUGUUUAGGUGUCAAUCUAUACAUCUGUCAAAUUCGAAUAGCGAAUUACAAAUCUGAACGAGAAGCCGACGAGACGCGUGUGAUAUUUGCCUGAUGAGACCCGAGGGACAUUGGAACCGAGUGAGCACACAGGCAUCCGGAAAUUCUGAAGAACCCAAGGGAAACAGCUGACUUUCGCUUGUCACCAGUAAAUAAAGGCAGAAAGGUUAAACGUCUCGA